ACAUGUUGCAUCGGAAAACAUCAGAAAUUAUUAUUGGGACUUUUAUGGGAUCGACGGGAGCGAAAGAAACGUACAAUGUAACUCGACGCGCCGUUUCAUUGGGAGUAUCUUACGGAGGAUCUAUCAGAGAAUAAAUCGUGAUAUAUUAAACUCUCUGAUUUCUCCAUAUUUUUUUAUAGAGAUGCAUUUUGGAAAGGAAGCUGAAAAUGAAGUUUAUUACUGCAUGACGUUAACAAAUUUGCCUGCUACGUUUAGCGUAUUCUGAUAUAAAUUUCAUCAUGACAUUUUUUCCACGGUAUAAAAACUAUCAUAAAUCCGUGAAUACAUCAAUUGAACGAUCGUCAAUCAUAUUCAAUAGGAAAUAAAAGAAAUAAAUUCCGCCACGAACAAUACGAUACAAUCAUAAAUUUACAAUACAAAUGACUCCUUGUUAAACAAUUAUAUUUUCCUGUAUUACUGAAGAAGAGUCCAGGAAUUUAGAAUAUUUAAUUUAUAAAAAUGAUAUAUUGGAGCAUAAAUCGAGAUGGAAAUGGAGCAUUAUUAUGUACGUUUCACGGAGAUAUAUUUUUAUGUUUAAAAAAAUAAGUAGGCGUGCAACAAAAUGCGUUGCAUUAGUGCCGUUUUAAUGCUACUAAUGAAGGAACACAGGUUUUCCUUCCCUCUAAACCCCUCCUUCUUUGGCCCUUACAUUCUUUAUCCUUAGAAGAAAUAAAGGCAGAGUCGUAACAGCGGGAUGAUUAAUAUCCGGCUGACAGUUUGUGAAACGGGCAGCCAAUAAACGGGAUAAAAAUACUGGUGAAAAAUAGCGCGCUCAUUAGGGGUACAGUGACAUCUGCGACUGCUGCGCCCGAAAGUCUUUGAGAAACGUAGGAAGGUGCCUGGACGGAGGGAACAAAGAAGACAGGUUUAUUAAAGUAAUGGCGGAUCAUUUUAAUAUUGCAAUGAGAGCGCAUAGUAUUCGCUAUCUUCAGAACCUAAUAACUUUUUAUCAAGGGUAUUACUUCUGUCUUCGCCUACUUAAUUUAAAACUUUUAAGGCAAUUAAUUAAUCUAACUUCAAUUUCAAUUACUUAUUAGUUGUUAAAGCUUCUAGCAUCGUUAUAAAUAUCAGUAUGAUAUUAUUAACUUUAAUGCUGCAUUUAUUGCAUUUCAAUCUUUGUAUUUUUUAAAUAUUUAAGUCCACUGUAUAUUUAUAAGAACCCAAUGCUUCUAAUGUUAUACUUGCUGCAUUAGUUAUAAAUUAUUUAAAUUUUUACAUAGUUGUAUACGUAUUAUACCGUGUGCUCUAAUUCAUAUUCAAAUUUCACGCUAAAAUGGGGCUUAACCUCUCUUACUUCGUGGGUUAUGUACUAGAUGUCGCUAAACAUCAGCUUGAAGGCGCUAGAAGGCGCUUGAAAGCGGAAUGUAUGUAGCCGGAUUCAAAACAAUGCUGUACUAAUUAAUAUACAUUAAUAAUACAUGUAUAAAUAAUAUAAGUUGCACAAUAAAAUUGCUUCAUAUUAUAUUAAGUUAUAAAAUUUGUAUAAAAAUGUGUGACGAGGAGGUAAUACGUCGAAGAUUGCUCAUAGAUGGAGAUGGUACUGGAGAUGACCGUAGAAUAAAUAUGCUUUUGAAAUCAUUUAUUAAAUGGGCAAAUUCCUCGGAUGUAGACAAUACAUUACAUGAAAGAAUGUUAUCGCAACUGGCUCAAUGUGAAUUUGCACAAAGGAAAUCUAGAUUAGUCUCAAAUAUGAGUCAAGAAGAACUAAAAAGUUAUGAGAAGUUAUCCAAGGAAAUUGAAGUUCAAAUUGAAGAGGCUAAAAAGGAUAUAGAAAAAACAAAAGCAGAACUACAGGAAGCAAAACGUGUAAGAAAGAACAGAAUUGAAUAUGAUGUAUUGGCAAAAGUCAUAAAUGAACAACCGGACAGAGUAGAAACUAAUUUGAAGCUUGCUACACUACGCGAAGAAUUAGGCAAGUUAAAGGAAAAGUCUGAGCAAUUAGAACACAAAUUGGAAAUGAGAAGGAAACAAUUUCAUGUCUUAAUAUCCUCUAUACAUUCUUUACAAGGAAUGUUAGAUGAGUGUGAUGAAGAAAUAAUGGAUGUGAGUUUAGAAAAUUAUGAAGAUCCAGAUACUCCAGUACCGGUUAAAAGUGAAGCAUCUUGAAACAAAAUUAUAAAUACAUAUUUAUAAGUUGCUUGAAAAAGCUCAAAUUUUAUAAAUGCA